AUGCUUAUUACUGAUUGCCUUAAUGAAGUUUUUGGAUUCUUAGAGGAAGAUCAGAUUACUUUACAUUCAUGCUUAUUGGUUAAUCGUUUUUGGUGCAAAGUUUCCGUUAGAGCUUUAUGGAGGAAUGUAUGGGAUUUUAAAUAUAAAUUUCCUGUUAUACGUCAAUUGUACAUAUCAUCAAAAAUCCUUAGUACUUUGAUCGCUUGCCUUCCUAAUGAAUUAAGGGAUUAUUUAUACGAAAAUGAAAUUUUUAUCACAACUCCAACAAUGAAACCUCCAUUGUUCAAUUAUAUAUCAUUCUGUAGGGUUCUUUCAAUUCAUGAAAUUGAUCGAAUCAUCUACGAUGUUCUUAGAGGCCAUAAUGCUGAUAUACCACAAAACUUAAGUCGAAACAAGCAUCUAGUAUCACGAACAAUAUUAAAGAUGUUUAUGAGACAGAUUCCUUGUUUGAAAGAAUUGAAUUAUUUUUCAAUGGGGAAUAUAAGAAACAUUUCCAACCUCGGCUUCAUAAACUUUCCUGGAGCAACAGACUGCCUAACGGAUCUUUCAAUUAUCAAAUUUGAAGGAAAUGUUUCAAAUGGAUUAAAAGAUUUGAUCUCUUCACAGAAUCAUUUAAAACACUUGACGUUAUCACAAUGUUCUCAUCAAGUGAAGUGGUCUGAUGUUAUAUCUUUAUUAACAUGUAGUAUUGAUACUUUAACAAAUUUACGAACGCUUGUUUUAUCACUUAAUCAUAUGGGAAAUUUUGAAGAUUUCAAGGAGUUACAACAUGUUACAUUCCCACUAUUACAAAUCUUAAAAUUUCCUCAUAGAUUUCCUAAAUGUGAAUACUUGGAUCAAUUUUUGGAAAUCAAUGGAAAGAAUUUAACAUGUCUUCACAUUGCCGAUUCUGAUCGUUCAUUGAAUUUAUUCAUAGCCAAAUUUUGUCCGAACCUUAGAACAUUAUCUACUACAUUCGCGGUUAAUGAAAUUGAUUUAUUGGAAAUUAUUUUGAAUAAUUGUCAACAGUUGGAAAGCAUUAAAGUUUGGUGUGGGUAUGGUUGUUUGGAUGAAAAAAAGUUUUUGGAAAUUUUGACAGAAUUUUCACCAAAAAAUUUUUAUAAAUUAAAAUUAAUACAUAAAGCAAAUUCUAGAUUAUUUCCAAAAGAUUUGGAAGAAUUCUUUAUAAGGUGGAGUCAUCGGAUACCACAAAAGCCGCUUGUUUUAAUCAUUAUUAAGAGGUAUCGCGUAAAGAGCUUAGAAAUUCAAGGAGAAAAUAAGAAAGUAAUUGAAAAAUAUAAAAAGUUGGGUAUUAUUAAAAAGUUGGAAACCGUAAAGAUUGACGAUGAUUAA